AAUUCCUCUUUUGACGAAAUUCACCUGGGAAGAGAAAAAAGCAGCUCUUCUUCCUCCUCACAGUCCUCAUCAUCGCUCUCCCUCUCAUCAAGCGGCCUCCAGAAAACCUAACCUCUCUUUCUCUCUCAUCUGUCCUUGGAUUUCCUAUUCCCUGAAUUUCUUCUUGAAUCCAAGAUCAGAGCUGGAAGUAUCGGUUGCGAGCUUCAGAUACUGUUUGUCUUCCUGAAUUUUGCAACCUCAGAUCGGAAUUUGCUUCAUAAGAGAGGUAAUCGAAAUGGAUGCCGAUUCGUGGAGUGUUCGUCUCUCGUCUGCCUCAAAGAGAUAUCAGUCAGCUCUGCAAUCGCGAUCUGAUAUGCUUAUGGGAUUUGAAGAAAUGGAUGGAGAUGAUGAUAUAAGGGAAGAAUUUCCAUGCCCAUUCUGUUCAGAGUAUUUUGACAUCGUUGGGUUGUGCUGCCACAUAGAUGAUGAACAUCCUGUGGAGGCAAAGAAUGGGGUAUGUCCAGUUUGUACGGUGAGGGUGGGAGUUGAUAUGGUUGCGCAUAUAACUCUGCAACAUGGAAAUAUAUUCAAGAUAUCCUUUUUCCACGUAUUCAUUAUUUGUUAUAACUUGUCUUCUCGAUUUCUCUUUAUAAAUUGAUUGAGUUUUGUUAAUAAUAUUGCAUUCCAUGUGCCAUUUAUCUUGAGGAUUAGUAUUUGAUGAAGUCUGCUAAUUAUGUAAAACCUGAAUUUGGAUUCUAUUUCUUCUGUUUCUUUAGUCAAUUUUCAAUGAAACAAGAUUAGGACAGGAUUAUCAUCUUGGUCCCUUCUGUUAGUUCUGCACGUUUAUUUUCCUUGGUUCACAAAUUUUUUCUUCAACCUUGUAUGCAACUUUUGAUUCAUAUGGUAUAAGGCACUUAACUUUUAUUACCACGAUUUUUCUUUGUUGAAGUCAAUUAAACUUACUUGACUACUGGGAUAUUUUUCCUUUUCGGCUAGUAUGCAAUGGCCAAGUUGACUAUUUUGUUCUCCCUUGGACCUUUGCUAGCAUUGUUUGUGCUGCUUUCUUGUUUCACAAUAAAAUUAUGUUGAUUUGACUUGCUAAUAUGAUUUCCUUAACGAGUGCUCACAUGCAGCGCAAGAGGAAAUCCCGUAAAGGUGGAUCUCAUUCAAUGCUUUCUCUGUUGAGGAAAGAGCUGAGAGAAGGAAAUUUACAGUCCCUAUUUGGGGCUUCUUCAUGUAUUGUAUCCUCAUCCAAUUCAGCACCUGAUCCAUUGCUUUCUUCAUUUAUUUUACCAAUGGUUGAUGAUUUUGCAAGUAUUCAUAAUCAAUGUUCUACUGAAGCAAGCUCAACCAAGAAAAGCUCAGAUGCAAAGAAGUCAGCACGGUAUGUUUGAAUUUCCUA